CCAGAGAGCUGGUCUGCGGGAGCUAGCCUACAGUGUGCUGGGGCAGAAUUGCAGUUGAGGUUGAUCACUUUAUAAUGUUUUGCUGAAUCGGAUCGCAUAUUCUCAUCCUAAAUCCAACACUCAGAAACAGAAGGGGCAAGCAUGCUGCGCGUCUGUUGGAAAGGGGCUCAUGCAGCGGCGCGGCAAUGUGUGUGUGGUAAAGUGACGACCUAUCCAUUGCAGCACUGCCGCAGAUACACCGCCACUGGAGACUCCGGAUCUACUGCUGGGAAAAUUGUGGCUGCCAGUCUUUUAACCAUUGGUGGAGGUCUUGGUGGUACAAUCCUUUACUCCAAAUGGGACCCCAAAUUUCGGGCAAAUGUAGAGAAGAACGUUCCCUACUCUGAUCAACUAUUUGAAAUGACACUCGGCCCACCUCCUCCACUCGUCCCUUUACAAAAGAAACUGGGAAAGAUUGAACCCCUGCAAAUAUCUUCAUUACCAGAAGUUACUAAGGAGUCAAAGCAGCCCAGAGCCAAAGUAAAGAAGCCUGACCCAGCACCAGUGGGAGCUCUACCUGCCAUACAGGAAGCUCCAGCACCAGCCACACAGACACUAGAGGAAGCCUCCGCCUCAGCAGCUCAUAUUAUUUCAGCUAUGAGCGAGGUACCCUCUGUUCCCGCGCCAGGCACAAGCGAUGAAACCCCACAUGGAGCCCCAGUCUCCCCCGGCAGCGUACCAUCCAAGUCUGAAGAGUGUAAGGAGUGCUCCCAUCAUGAGCCUGAGCCGAAGGAGAGACCAGUAGAGGAAGUGACCGCUCGACUGGCUGAACAGGACAAAGCUGAGCAAAAUGCUCUGGCAGCUCUGACUGCUGAACUGGAGGAAACACUGGGCAGUUCAGCGAAGGUCACACUGCAGGCCAUCGGAGCUCAGGAGGCCGCACUUUCCGCCAUCGCCACACACACACACCAACUCAAAGACGCAAUGGACUCCCAGAGCCCUCCUGAUGAGAAGUCAGCUCAGUGGAGAGCACUAAAUGAGGCUCUGAGUGAGAGGACCCGAGCCAUGGACGAGGCUGGAGAAGUCCUAUUUAAAGCCAAAGGAGAGCUCGAGAAACUUCGUGGAGUGAUCAACAGCGCUAAGGAAUCUAAGAUUGACUCAGCAAGACCGCAUAUCCUGGCCGCGGAGGAGAACUUGCACAGCAUGAUUGUGGAUCUGGAUAAUGUUGUAACCAAGGUGCAGACGGCGCAGUCGGAGGCGAAGAUCGUUUCUCAGUACAGUGAGCUGGUGAAUGAGGCCAAAGCUCAGUUCCAAAAGGAACUCGCCAGCAUCACACCUGAGAUCCAGGCCAACUGGAAAGGACUCACGGGAAAGCUGAGCGCUGACGAUCUGAACUCUUUGAUCGCCCAUGCUCACCGGCGCAUCGAUCAGCUGAACCGCGAGCUGGCAGAGCAGCGGGUGAGGGAGCAUAUCCACAUCGAGACAGCUCUAGAGCAACAGAAGCUGGAGAAUAAGAAAACUCUAGAGAGAGCCGUGGUCUCUGCCAUAGAGCACAGCCGUGAAGACAUGAGACUCGAGCAGGAGAAGAAGGUGCAGGAGAUGCGUGAAGUGAUGGAGGCUGAGAUGAGGACACAACUGCGUCGUCAGGCUGCUGCACACACCGAUCACCUGCGGGACGUGCUGAAGGUUCAAGAACAAGAACUACGCGAAGAUGCCCAGGAGAUUCUGAACAGUAAGAUGAUGGAGCAGGAGACUCAUUACCGCAGGCUGACUCAAGAACAGCUGGACACCUUUACUCUGGACAUGAACGCAGCUUACGCCCGGCUGAAGGGCAUCGAGGAGGCCAUAGACAGUCAUGUGAUUGCUGAAGAGGAGGCCCGUAAAGCUCAUCAGCUGUGGCUGUCUGUGGAGGCUUUGAACUAUACUCUAAAGUCAGCAGGUGCUGAUUCCCCCACCGAGCCUUUAGAGGGCGCUGUAUAUGCCAUUAAAGAGAGCUGUGCGGAAAAUGAGUUCGCUCAGGCAUUGGCCACAGCAAUUCCCGAAGAGUCUCUCAACCGAGGGAUCUACAGUGAAGCUUCACUACGCGCACGUUUCUACGGCAUCCGCCGGCUCGCACGACGCGUGGCACUCAUUGACGAAACGCGUAACAGCCUUUACCAGUACUUCCUGUCGUACAUACAGUCCGUCCUUUUGUUUGAGAGAGAGCAGGAGGUGCCACCUGCUAAACUAGCACCCGAAGAUCUCGACACUUUCAAGCUGCUUGCCUAUGCUACUUACAGCAUCGAGCAUGGCGACCUGGAACUUGCCGCUAAAUUCAUCAACCAAUUGCGUGGCGAGUCACGCUUUGUGGCACAGGACUGGCUCAAAGAAGCCCGGCUCACACUUGAAACAAAGCAGGUUAUCAGCCUGCUAUCAGCAUAUGCUAAUGCUGUGGGAUUGGGUACCACACAGGCUCCUUAGCCUCACCCACUAUUGGCCACGCCCACCCUGUGGAGACCCAUGUCAAUUAUGAGGAGUGUCACUUGACCUCUAUUAAAGGAAUCAUUCACCUAAAAAAUGGAUAUUUAAAUUCUGAUAUAAUUUACUCACCCUUGUGUCAUUCCAAACUUUCGUUCCAAUGUUUCUUCUGUCGUAGCUCGCAUCUAGCCUGUGCUGGUGACCAGAUUCAAAAAUGGCCUGACAGCAUGAUAGAUGCUAAAAUGGCUUUAGAUUCAGUGUAGUAACUAGACGCAACUUGCCAUUUUUUUAAUCUGCAUUCAAAUGCGGCUUGACGCUAGCUUUGGCGGAGAACGAUUAUCAGUGAAUAAAGGUGUAAAUUUCAGUCUGUAAUGUAAUGACAGCAUUUCCAUUUUUGAGUGAACUAUUCCUUUAAUGGAACCUGCUGCUCCUCAGAUUAAUUUAUAAAUAUGUUGCGUGCCAGCCAAAUUAUUUUUUUAAAUUAUUAUUAUUUGUCCAAAGCACUUUUGCAGGAAGUCUCUGUUCUUAAAGCAAUUCUUAAGUGGCCUAACAUCCAGACCAUCCAGUGUGAAUGUCUGAAUGUACCUCACAUGCGGAAAAUGGAUCUCAAGGGUUUAACUGCAGUUGGCAAUGGCACUCCCCAGUGUAUAUGACGCACCUGAUACUGGUUAGUAAAACGUGUGCAUUUAGCAGCUAGAGCGGCCUGUCGGGAGCAUGAAACUAACCUGUUCACUGUUUGAAAAUUCACAUGCUAUGCUUCAGAUUCACAGGUAUAUUUACUUUUUGUUUAUUAACCAGACUGUUGAGAAUAAUCAGUCCUUCUCUAAUUCAGUAUUGGACAUCAAUAAAUCAUGGUUGUUGA